UGAAAUAAGCUGUUUGUUCCCAUCCUUGCCUCCUGUCUGCUUUGUGUAAACACAGCCUGCACUUCAGCCGACAAGUUUCUUGUCUGUCAGUCACAGCUGAGUCACUAACAGCUUCACCGUUGCACCAGGUCACUGCAGAAUCUCACAUUUUUCGAGUCCAGUCAGUUAAAACUGUAAUUUUUUAUUUGUUUAUUUUUUUAACUGAAGCAUGACGUUUCACAUUUUAUGCUUAGAUUUGGGUUUUUUUCCAGACAAAGCCAAAGGUUGUUCAUAGUUAGUUUAGUGAUUGUUGGAUUCUUCUGAUAAAUUAAGUAGUUUUAGUGAUUUAAAAAAAACAACAACAAAGAAAACAGGGCUUUUAAAGCUGCUGACGACUUUUUGGGUUCAGAGAGUUCAUACCUAACACUUGAUUUCAGAAUCCCUCUGCGUCUCCUGAUGCAAAACUCUCACAACCUUGCUGUUUCUGCUUUGUGCUCCUUUUCUCUGCAGCCUGUGGAAGGUGCAAACGAGUUCCUGCAGCUGCUAAAGAGCCACAAAGAGAAGAUGGAAGAAGGGAUGAGAGAGCUGAGGAGGAAGAACGAAGAGCUGGAGCGGGAGAGGGAUGAAGGAGAGGUGGAUAGAGAGCGAAUGCGUCGCUGUAUCGACCAGCUCCGAGCCAAACUGGCCCAGGCACAGGCAAGCGGCGCUCCUGAGGAGGUUGUUCCACAUCGCUCUGAGGCGCAGCACUCCUCUGACUGGUAUCGGGAGCUGGAGGAGAAACUCGACUACCUGCAGAAGAGUUCAGCUCAGCGAGACAGAACUGAAGCUCUGCUCAAACAGAAGGACAAGGACUGUGCUCAGCUGGCCAAGGACGCCGAGGCCCUGAAAGCUCAGGCGACCUCCCUGUUGGGAGAACUGAAAGAGAGGCAGAGCUGCUUGGACAAGAGCGAGCUGGAGCGCAAAAUGUUGGAAGAAAAACUGUGCAGUAAAGUAAAGGCCCUGCAGGCGGCAGAGCGAGAGCAGGAGCAGCAGAGGAAGCAGCAUCAUGUGGCCAUGGACAAGCUGCUGCUGCAGACCCAGAGCCUGGAGCAGGCCCUGAAGACAGAGAGACAUGUGGUCACAGAGGAGAAGAAAAAACUGACACAGCUGCAGCAUGCCUACACAUGCCUCUUCAGAGACUACGAUUCCAAACUGAAGAGUGAGGGAGGAGAUCUGUGCAGCCGACUGGAGGAGGCAGAGCGAGCUCUGGCCUUGAAGCAGGACCUGAUUGAUAAACUGAAGGAGGAGGUGGAACAACAGAAAGGCUCUCUGGAGACUGUUCCGGUCCUCACUGCUCAGGCUGAGAUCUACAAGGCAGACUUCCUGGCGGAGCGAGAAGCGAGAGAGAAGCUGAACCAGAAGAAGGAGGAGCUGCAGGAUAAGCUGAACGAGGCCAUGACUAAGAUCGAGAGGCUCAAGCAAGAAGCCACAUCACGGGCAUGUAUCGAUCAAAUGCAGCGGAGACACCUGGAAGACUUUCCUGCACGGCCGCCGCACAUUCCCCCUCCUCAAGGUGUGUUCUCUGGUGCAGCCUUCAACACGGUGCCUCCUGCCCCCUCAUUCCGCAAUCAGGGUCUGGUACCAGUUGGUGAUCAAGGAGCUGUCGGAGCGGAGGAGCUGCCAGAUUUAUGUUGUCCUAAGUGCCAGUACCUGGCUCCAGAUAUGGACACGCUGCAGAUUCAUGUCAUGGACUGUAUACAGUAACAUGAGCCUAGUUCAGUGCACCGUGACACCACAGAUAUACUGUAUAUAGUAUAUUUACAUUUAGUGUGUCUGCUCCCAGUUUUGGGCAUUGCCUGGAAAACUACAUGUCUGGUGUUUGCACUUUAAUCUCUCUCUGCCAUGCAAACACACAUACACGAACCUGAACACAUAGCGUGGAUGUUACCGUUUUAGAAAUCAAAUAUGUUGGAAUACACACACGUCAUUUCAAGGCAAUCAGAUGACAGUAACCAGCAUGAAAUUUCCCCACAAAUGCUCCAAGGAUUCAGUUUCUGCUACAGCUUUUCCACUGUUUUCUCAUCAUCCUUUUUUUUUUUUCCUCCCAGCACCUUUUAAUUUUCUUUCCCUGUGCCUUGCCUAUGAGAUGGCACACUCAUGUCAAUCAGUAUUUAAACAUGAUCCCUGAUCUCCUGCCUCAGUCCCGUUUUUCAAGCAGCUACACACUGGGGAGUGCAAUGUGUACACUUUGACUGCAUCAUCUCAUCCAUCGACACAUCAGCAAUCAUUGGACCUAGGGUGACGCCAUGUCAAAAAGAAGAGACAAUUCAGAGGAUUUCUUUUCCCCUCGACAAAGGAGAACACACAUGUGAAUAAUCUAGUGAGCUUUAAAUAAUAUUCAAAUAUGUUUUGGUUGUAAAUGUAGCUGUCUGCAUUACCUCAAAACAUGUAUUAUUAUUAUUAUGUAUUAGAGAUGGAUUUACUCUUGUUGAAAAAAAGUAGCCAUUCUCUGUGUUCUGUGCCUGUGUACACGUUUGACUGCUUUAUCUCUGAUGCUAGACUUGACCCUGAACCCACCACGCCUCCCUUUUGUGGCCCUUUAUUCGGUCUUACCCCUUACCUGUGCCACCUUAGCUAUUUAUCUAUCUGAAUGUAAGCACAUUGAGGUUCCUUCACAGUUUGUGUGACUGUUGUCUGUAAUUACAUAUCAUUCGUUGCAAAGAAUAUUGCUUCAAACUGUCGGAGAUUUACGAAAUAAACCAGUUAUUCAUUA